AUGUCGUUCUUAACUCGAGAGGAGGUUGAGAAGCAUUCAACACGGGAAUCAUGCUGGGUUGCAAUUCAUGGCUCUGUUUACGAUGUCACAGACUUCAUUGAUUCACAUCCUGGUGGUGCGCAUGUCAUCCUCCGUUGUGCGGGCAAGGAUGCAACCGCCGACUUUGACUCGGUUCAUGAUAAGGAGCUCCUAUUGCAAGCUCUCGCUCCAUCCACUGUCAAAGGCAUUAUCCAGCCAGACACGCUGGCACAGUCGACCCGCACACAUCCACAAGUUUCGGUGGAAGGAUCAAAAGCCCCGCCCCCGUUGGCGAGCCUGAUCAAUCUGCAUGAUUUUGAAAAGGUAGCCCAGGAGUAUCUUCCACCCCAUGCAUGGGCAUACUAUUUCUCAGGCGCCGACGACGAAAUCAGCAAGCGGGAAGGUCAAAAGGCCUACCAAAAGGUCUCCCUCCGCCCCCGCAUUCUGCGUAGUAUCCGCAGUGUAGACACUACCACAUCCAUUCUGGGCAAGCCAGUCUCACUACCCGUAUAUAUGAGUCCGACUGGGAUUGCCAAGUUCGCACAUCCAGAUGGAGAAUGUGCACUCGCCGUUGCAGCUGGCCACGAGGGACUGGCUCAAGUUCUGGCUAACUCGUCCAGUAUGACCAUUGAAGCCGUGCAGGCGGCACGGGCAACCCCAAAUCAACCGCUCUUCCAGCAAUUAUAUGUCAACAAGGAUAUAGAAAAGUCAGAAGAGUUAGUCCGACGGGCUGAAAGGGCUGGUGCUAGUGGAAUUUGGGUGACGGUGGAUUCUCCGGUUGUAGGAAAGCGGGAGAUGGACGAGAGAUUGAACCUGGAAGUGCAGACAAAGGACUCAUCAGAAAAGGGACAGGGCGUCGCAAAGAUAAUGGCCAGUUCCAUCUCGCCAUUUAUUGACUGGGAUAUCCUUACCUGGCUGCGAGGGAUCACCAGUCUCCCGGUGGUGGUCAAGGGCAUCCAAUGUGUUGAGGACGCAGUAUUGGCGUACCAGCAUGGAGUGCAAGGAAUUGUUCUUUCCAAUCAUGGAGGAAGAUCCCAGGAUACCGCCCAACCCCCCCUGGUCACGCUUCUCGAGAUCCGCCGAUAUGCACCGUUUCUCAUCGGAAGCAAAAUGCAAAUAUUCAUCGAUGGAGGUAUUCGACGUGGAACAGACGUGCUGAAAGCCAUUGCUCUCGGAGCCACCGCCGUAGGAUUGGGACGCCCGUUUCUCUUCAGUCUCGUGGCGGGAUAUGGGGCAGAGGGAACCCGUCGGGCAAUUAAUAUAUUGCGGCAAGAGAUCGAGGCGAAUAUGGUGUUCUUAGGUGUAACCCAGCUCUCUGAGCUGGGGCCUCACUUGGUGAAUUCGAUGCGGUUGGAGAGGGAUGUGGUUGGAUCGGUGAAGUUGUAGUAGUAGUAGCAGUAGUAGUUAAAAAGGUAGCUCCAAAUUGACCAGUUGCCG